AUGGAGCUUAGUGUUCAGGUAACCCUCCUCGCCUUGGUGAGCUGCGCCUUCGCCAGUGUCCUUCCGAUCGCUACCAUCGGCUCUUCGUACGCGGCACACCAGAUCGAGCACAGCGUAUCUCUUCCAGCGGCUCCAGUCGUCGCUGCGGCUCCAGCCAAGAUCGCAGCUCCCGCUGCAGCAGCUUAUGUCGCUCCAGCUCCUGCUGCUUAUGUCGCUCCAGCUCCAGCAGCUUAUGUCGCUCCAGCUCCAGCAGCUUAUGUCGCUCCAGCCCGUGCCGCUUAUGUCGCUCCUGCUGCAGCUCCAGCGGCUUACGUAGCUCCUGCCCGCGCAGCCUACGUAGCCCAAGCUCCAUUCCUGUUCUGAGCUGCUCCUGUGAUUCAAUAAAAACGUUUCCUCUCUAAAA